AUGAGUUCACCAGCAAACUUAUUCCCUGGGUUAAAUGACAUAGCUGACGUGUUGGAGGAGUUCCCACUAGCUACGUCGAGGUAUUUGACAUUACUGCACGAAAUAGAUGCAAAAUGUGUACAUUCUAUGCCCAACCUGAAUGAAAGAAUAGAUAAAUUCUUGAAGAAAGAUUUCAAUAAAGAUCACCAAACACAAGUGAGACUACUCAAUAACAUUAACAAGAUCUAUGAAGAACUAAUGCCGUCGCUAGAGGAGAAGAUGCAUGUUUCCUCAAUCAUGUUGGAUAAUCUAGAUAGACUGACAUCACGGCUGGAAUUGGCGUAUGAAGUCGCGAUUAAGAACACAGAAAUUCCUAAAGGUCUAAGACUAGGUGUGGACAACCAUCCAGCAAUGCACUUACAUCAUGAACUUAUGGAAAAGAUAGAAAGCAAAUCAAACAGCAAAUCAUCGCAGGCACUGAAAAGCGAAUCCAGAAGAGAGGCCAUGGCUGCGAACAGGAGACAGGGCGAACAUUACUCAGCCAAUACACAGCAGCAAGACGAUUUGAAAAACGAUACCACCUACGUAAGCAGUAAACAGGAUAGUCAAGAUCACCAUGCCAGCAGCGUCAAUGCGAGAAAAAGAGCGAACGCUGCCAACACCAACAUCGCCGAAACAGAGACCAAAAAACGCAAGAGAAGAGUUGCUACCACAUCUGUUUCGCCAAACACCAUCAGUACGACUACCUCCGUAAACAAUGGCAGGGUGGGUACAUCAACAGUGUCGAGGAGCGUGGGCAGCAUCGGCAGCAGCAAUAACAGCAGUAUAUCAAGGCCAAAAACGAACGACUACGGUGAACCGCUGUACUGCUACUGCAAUCAAGUAGCAUAUGGAGAAAUGGUGGGCUGUGAUGGGGCAGAUUGUGAGCUAGAAUGGUUUCACUUGCCAUGCAUUGGACUUGAAACUCUACCCAAGGGUAAAUGGUAUUGUGACGACUGCAAAAAAAAAUUAUAA